AUGAAGUUUCCAGCGAAUAAAACGCAUAACGGAUUUUUGACAAAUCGUCUGACCUUGGGCGCCCUGCGCAACAUUCGUGAAUCCAACCGAGCAAGAUUAUUGUUCUGUCGGGCUAGUCUCGACAUACCUAUCUACAUUCUACAGUGUGUAUGUAGAUAUUUAUUAAGUAGUAGAGUAGUUCAAAAGCUGCGAGUUUGGGGCUCGAAGAUGCCUUUAUUCGGCAAAAAAGAUUUUGGGAGGAAGUCCAAAAAAGAUGCUAAAGAUUCAGAGAAACAGCCAUCAAUCGAAGACAAGUAUGUCGUCAAAGAUCUGCUGGGUACAGGAGCGUUUUCCGAGGUACGUUUGAUAGAGAGCAAAGAAAACGGGCAGAUGUUCGCUUGUAAAAUUAUUGACAAAAAGGCUCUCAAAGGCAAAGAAGAUUCAUUAGAAAAUGAAAUUCGGGUCUUGAAAAGAUUUAGCGAACAAGCCAAAGGCGAGGGUGCCGAGAAAAAAAUGUUUUCUCAUCCGAAUAUUGUCCAGCUGCUCGAGACAUAUGAAGACAAAAAUAAAGUGUACCUGGUGAUGGAACUCGUCACGGGUGGAGAAUUGUUCGACAGAAUUGUUGAAAAAGGGUCAUACACCGAAAAAGAUGCGUCGAAUCUAAUUAGACAAGUGUUGGAAGCAGUAGAUUACAUGCACUCUCAAGGAGUAGUACACAGAGAUCUGAAACCAGAGAACUUACUGUAUUACAGUGCUGAUGAGGAUAGUAAGAUCAUGAUAAGCGAUUUUGGGUUGUCCAAGAUAGAAGACUCCGGCAUCAUGGCUACAGCAUGUGGUACACCUGGAUAUGUUGCCCCCGAGGUACUGGCACAGAAGCCAUAUGGCAAGGCUGUGGAUGUGUGGAGUAUAGGAGUAAUAUCUUACAUUCUACUCUGUGGAUACCCUCCAUUCUAUGAUGAGAAUGAUGCUAACCUGUUCGCUCAGAUCUUGAAAGGAGACUUUGAAUUUGACUCCCCUUACUGGGAUGAUAUUAGUGAUUCUGCUAAAGAUUUCAUUCGGCAUUUAAUGUGUGUGGAUGUGGACAAGAGAUAUACUUGCAAACAAGCUUUGGACCACCCUUGGAUCUCUGGAAAUGCUGCCAGUAACAAGAACAUCCAUGGUACUGUUUCUGAACAGCUCAAGAAGAACUUUGCCAAGUCCCGCUGGAAACAGGCAUACCAUGCUACUACGGUUAUCAGGCAAAUGAAGAAAAUGGCACUUAAUAGCAGCAGCAGCUCAAGUCGCAAUGCCAGCGGCUCAAGCAAACAAUAG